CACAGUCCAAUUUUCAUAAUUGAUCCCUAGCAAUAUAACAAUUCGAAAAGAACCUGGUGUCCCUAUUUUGGCCAUCCAGAAGGAGGAAACAAGAGUCUAUUCAUCUCGUAUCACAUCACACCUUGCACUUUGGAACAAUACUCACUCACAAUCUUACACUCCCCAACAAGUCAAAAAAAGUUCAAAAUGCCUACCUACGUACUCACCGGUGUGGACGGGCACUUGUCCUCCGUCGCCGCCUCCUAUGCCUUAACUCUCGCUAAGCCCACCGACACCCUCACCUUCACCUCCCCAAAGCCCGGCUUUGUUCCAAGGCCCCUCCUCGCGUCCUGGACUGCGCGCGGCGCUCGUGUGCUCAUGGUCGACUACAACGACCCAGCAAACCUCGAACGAGCCUUUCGUGGCGCCGACGUUGUCGCCUUUGUCUCCUCCCCCAACUACCUCGCCGGUCCCGCCCGCCGCGCCCAGCAUCGCAAUGUGGUUGAGGCCGCGCGAAGGGCCGGCGUGGGCCGCCUGGUCUACACAAGCAUCGUGGGUGCCGAGCUUGGUGAGGACGCUGCCCCUCCGCUGGCGCGAGACCAUGCAUACACAGAAGCCCUGGUCCGCGCCAGUGGACUAGAGUGGAACGUGCAACGAAACUGCCUGUUCGUCGACACCGUCGCCGAAGUGUUUGCGCCCCCGGGACGGACAUCGGCAGGGAUAGAUCUCGGCGGAAAAGAGUGCAGAGCAGCCUUCGUGGCGAGGGAGGACUGUGGGCGGGUGCUUGGAGCGCUGCUGAUGGGAAAAGGAGAGGCGAACAAAGUAUAUACGGUUACGGGCCCGAGAGCGGUGUCGAACAAGGAGAUCCUGCGGUGGAUGGCUGCAAGGGCUGGUGGUGUUAGUGGUGACAGCUGUCCGGUAAGUCCUGUCUCAGACCACAAGCCCGAGGUUGUCCACAGAGAGCGGCGGUUGUCUGCUGGUGCGAGCAUGCAUGGAGACUUCUUUGGACGGUACUCCAAUGAAGGCUUGGAAGAUCUGGCGUCGUAUGGGAGGUUCAUCUCCCAUGGGCAGGUGCUGCAGGGUACAGAUACGGUUGCGAGGUUGACAGGCCAGAAGCCGCUCUCAUUUGAGGACUCGCUGGGCAGCUCGGCUUGUUCUUUUUCAGAGGCAAGCAUGGACAGCAUACUUGCUCAAGAGGUCUCUUGUGGAUGAAACAACAUUCAAAUUUUAUGAUGAAAUCUGGCCAAGGCGUUGGGGCCUGUGGUGGGCAGCGAGUCGGAGAGAUUAUGAUUUAUGCAGCCACGAUACAGUCAACAGUAUGUAAAUAUAAGUGUGCUUCC